AUGGCUACUAGGUGUUUACAGUUCAAGCCAAAGGUGACGCGUAGUAUGGCUACAAGAGUAAAUCUUACGCCGGCUCAAAAACUCGCCUCGUCCUCGGGGAAUACACAUCACUAUGCACUGAAACAGGUUAUCGGAAAGGGUGCCUACGGGAUAGUAUAUCGCGCGAUGAACAGACAAACUGGUAAGCAGGUCGCUAUAAAAGUCAUAGAAUAUGAAGAAGAGGAGGAGCUGAAUGAACAUAUGUUAGAGAUAGAUUUGCUUAAGAAUCUGAAGCAUGAGAACAUUGUUAAAUAUCACGGAUUUAUUCAAAAGUCCCAUCAACUGUUCAUUUUACUUGCGUACUGCUCUCAGGGCUCCCUGAGAGAUUUGAUCAAAAGAGGCCCAGUGGAAGAAAUGGAAUGCAAAACCUACAUCAAGCAAACUCUUUGUGGCCUGCAAUAUCUGCACGAGCAGGGUGUCAUUCAUAGAGAUAUCAAGGCUGCCAACUUGUUGCUGGAUGGCCACAAUGUCGUCAAACUAGCGGACUUUGGUGUGUCAACAAGAGUCAACAGUAUGGCGAUGACUUAUGCUGGCUCCCCUAAUUGGAUGGCCCCUGAAGUGAUGAUGGGGCAGGGUGCCUCCACAGUAAGUGACAUUUGGUCUUUGGGUGCUACGGUGGUGGAGAUAUUAACUGGUAACCCGCCAUUUCACAAUUUGCUCAAUGAAGCAGCCUGUUAUGCCAUAGUGCAUGAUGAGUAUCUACCACCAAAAUAUCUAUCUUCCAGAUGCCGAAAGUUCAUACGAACGUGCUUUCAAAAAAACGUUUUCCAAAGAGCAACCGCCCAGGAAUUGCUGACCCAUGAAUGGAUAAGUGAAACUCAAAAGCCAGCUCUGGAAAAAUUCAAAGAAGAAGAAGAAGGAGAGGACUGGCGGCACGAGUUCCUGGAGGUCGACGUUUCUCCCUUCAAGGGCCAUGACACAAAAAGUGGCCAUCACAGCCUUCUGCAGCUACGGCAAAAUAGUGAAAUCUGCAAUCCCUAUUUGAUAUACGGAGAAUGUGAUAUGUACAGCAUAGCGUCGUGUUUGGUUGAUCUGUGCAGGCACGGUCAAUUGCAACAUAUUGGCGAUAUGUUUGCGUAUGACGCCCAAUCUAGGGCAGGUGAGUGCAAAGAAUUGUUCAUUCGUAUAGGUGGCAUUUCCGCGUUGCUGUGUCAUAUUGGUCCUAGCGAAUCCUUAAUCAGCCAAUACUUUCUAGAUCAUACUAGCGACCUCAUAAAGUGCGGGAUACUUCAGUACUGUGAUUCUAUUACUGACUAUAAGCUGCUUAUUUCAUUGGCUAUAGGGUAUGGGAAGAUUUUGGAUCAUAAGGAUUGGUGUAACUGGUGUUCAAAGUUGGUCAAUAUUGAGGAUGCUAUACUGAGGGGUCUGGCGGCGGAUAACAAAUUAGCACAUGAAAUGUUAAUUUCCCUUUCAGGAGCAGAUAGCUUUGAAAUUGGAAAGGAAUUGAUUAGGGCCUUGAUGAGCUUGCCCUUAAGAAGCAACAGCAGAUUGAGAUAUACUGUUUUCAAGAGUCUCAAUAUUUUUCUGGAAAGAAAAAGUAUCGCCAACUCAGACAUGGGAUACGCAGAAGGCGAGUUUCAUUCUACACCUCAAUUAUCAUCUCGUCCGUCAAGUAUACAACUUGCUAAUGUUCCUGUGUACGUGGAGCGUACAUUCUUUCCCAACGGGUUUGUAGAUUGGCUCCUCAAAUUCACGCCUGAGUCCAUCGAUGAUCCAAGACUAGUCAAAAAUUUCGUUGAGCUCUGUUUCAACGUAGGUCACCUCGACCGCGUUGUCCUCGGUGAGAUUGUAGAGCACGGCGGAUUUUUACGGCUGUCUCAGCAACUAAUCCAGCAACUAGGACGCGAUUGGCGAUCAAAAUACACACGAUCAAUAUUGUCCAUUGCAUUGAACCUAUGCACGGAGUUAUCUCAAGAACUUAUCGCAAGCUACCUACCAAUUGCGAUUGACAUUUCUCUGAGAUUUCUGCGAAUCUCAGAUUUCGUUACCGGAGGAACCGAAGUCUUGCUGCAUUGCUUUCUAUUCGCUAUGCGGGAAAAUUACAACAUUACGGAGAACUCCGAAAGCAUUCUGAUUCAUUGCAAUACCAGUGUAAUUCAGGUACCUCGAGCGGCUCUCUUGCAUACCUUUUACUCGGAGGAGCCCAAGUUUGGUAAUUAUAUCACGAAGUUUGCAAAACUAUGUGCAUUACCGCCCUGUAAAUCCCUAGCCUGUGAUAUCGUUUCUCACCCGCAAUUCAUGAAGAAGACCCAGUCACUUUUCGAUGUCUAUCGCGGUAGUUUGAUCAUACAGAUCGACUUUCUAAAAUUCCUAAAAUUAAUUCUCACUCGCUAUGUCGAGUUUACACCCCUUCAGCCAACCAACAAAAAUAUUCCCACAGAAGCACUAAUUACCUCUGCGAUAAAACAACCAGUAACUUUUCCUACUGGCACCGAGGUCCUUCGUGCUGUAGUAGAUUUCCUUUUGUCAAAUUGGAGUCCCAACAAUUUGCGUCCAAAUCAAGUUGGAUCGGAUUCUGUGUUGAUAAAGCAGCUAUGUCAUGAUAUUGAGCUGCUGGUAACAACAAAGCCGCGCUCUCUAUCGAAGCGAUCCAAUGGGCAUAGCUUCGUAAUACCGACGCUACAGUCGAUCUGA